AUGUCUGACGGUCUGAUCUGUAUUCCCUCGCUCGUAUUUGAUGCAGCUGAAUUGCAUGCCAAGUAUAAAAAGAAAAAAGUGUCCGAUUUACAUGCCAUCUCUAAAAGGGGUAGUCCAAAUUCAUGGCAUGGGCCCUUUGCCAUCAUUCACCAGAGUUGCUUGGAAARAAAUCAGUACGCCAUUAACGAGCGUCAUCUCAGGUUAGAAAAAUGUAAAGUCAAAGACCAAAUAACACCAGUGAAAAUCAAUUACAAUGAACUUGGAGAGAUUUUAGAUCCAAAUUAUCUAUAUAAUAUGUUGAUAAUAGAAAAACGACACCCAAUAUCGUUGAUGUCGGAGCAAUACCUAAAAGCAAGGAAUGCAGAACACAAACCAUUGUAUUUUGCCAUUAAGGCUCGUUUUUUGGAACCGUAUACCAAUAAUAUCAUUGCGCCGACGUCGAGAAGACUCGACCAGGAACCGAAUACAACAAUUACAGGAUCAGAUCAAAACGCAGAAGCAAUAGAACCAUUUGUCYCUACGUCGGAAACUAAUAUAGAGGAACAGGAACAAGAACGAAGGUCUGGGUCUCCAGAACUCGGUGAACAGACACCAGAACCUACAAGUUCUACAUUACCGGAACCGAAUGCAAUGACAUCUAAACCUAGUGCAGCCAAACGGGAACUCAGUGAACCAGUUUCAAAACUGAAUGAAAAAAGCUGUAAUAGAGGGUAGAUGAUCAGAAAUGAAAACUACCACAUUUAACUAAGUGCCUAUAGUUGCCAGAAUCRUUUGUAUUACUUUAUUAAAUUAUUAUUAUUUUAAAUACAAAUUAAAAGUUCUAUAAUCACUGA